AUGGAGCAUCGCUACCACACUGCCAGGCCCCCGGCCCCGCAUGCGUCACGGCGCCGCAGCACGGUACACACUCCCGCGGAUCUGGUUCCGUUGCAACGCCCACGGGAAAGGAGAAACAGGACCUGGUACGGUGAACGUGCGGAGUUGGGGGUCACUCAUGAUUUCAAGGAUGAUGAUGUGUUGGACAACCCCGCUGUGUCUGCGCCUGCCGAGCCGGAUCCGGACUUCAGCCAGGCAGGACCUUUGUCCCUGAAGACACGCGUGGAAUAUUCAUCGAUGCCCAAGAAUGCCAUGCAGGCAGUCUUUGGCUUGGUGACCAUUGAGGCGGCAGCUGCUGACGUCAACGCCGAGGGCACGGCGACCAACGUGGAAGCGGAACGAAAACCGAUGGAUUUGGUGUGCGUCUUGGAUGUGUCUGGCUCAAUGGGAUCUCAGAACAAAAUCGAAGAAUUGAAAUCGGCCGUGCGCUUCAUCAUCAACGAAUCCCUUCCGGCGGAUCGACUGAGCCACUUGGAGCUAAUCUAA